ACAGAAUGCCUUCUUCUGGCAGUAAUGGCUUUGGAUCGCUAUGUUGCUAUUUGCAAUCCUUUGCACUACUCAUUAUUUAUGAGAAGAUGGGUCUGCUUCCAACUAGCUAUAGCUUGCUGGAUUGGAGGUUUUCUUAACUCUGCAAUACAUACUUAUUUUGCCUUUCAGUUACCUUUUUGUGGAGAUAAUUUCCUAGAGGCAUUCUACUGUGAUAUUCCUCCAUUGCUAAAGUUAUCAUGUGGAGACAUCUCUCUCAACCAAAAGCUCUUGCUAUCUAUUGGUUUACUCAUAGCAUGGACACCUCUUUUUUGCAUCCUUCUCUCAUAUGCAUCCAUCAUCUCCACAGUCCUGAAGAUGCAUUCUGCAGAAGGAAGACAAAAAGCUUUUUCCACCUGCUCCUCUCAUCUUACAGUGGUUCUACUUUAUUAUGGCAGUAGCAUUUUCACCUAUUUGAGACCUGUUUCUUUCCAGUCUUCUGUUAAUACCAAGCUGAUCCCACUAAUGUACACCAUCUUGACUCCAUUACUAAACCCUGUUAUAUAUACUUUGCGUAACAAAGAUGUAAAGAAUGCUUGGAGAAGUAUAAUGGGAAAGAUUUAA